AUGAGUGAUCAGCAAACUACUGUUGCUACCAACAGCAGCACUGUUGCUGUGGAUGACAAGACGCUGAUUGCAGAGACCAAGGCCGAGUUGAAAGCGCAUCUGCCAUUGGACUUUGAAGAGACCGUCUGGAAAGACGUGCUAGAGCGAGUCCAGGUGCGAGCCAAGGAAAUUCAAUCACUCGGUUCUGCGGCCAUUCCACAAGUUCACAUUUCCAAACUACAACAAAAUCCUAGUCAUGACGACCCAGAAAUGUUGUUACUACGAGAAGAGAUCCACCGUGCUGGUGUGGUGGUAAUACGAGGUGUCUUUGACCAAGCUCAGGUGGAACAGUGGAACCAGGAUUUGCAAGAGUACAUUCACAAGAACGACUACAUCCAAGUGGCAGCAGCUGCCAGAAAUAAUGGACAAGACAACAUCGAGCAGUACUUUUCCAGCAGCACUGGUAAUGGCGACGACGAUGCUCAAAAGCCACCACAAAUGUACGAUGUCUACUGGUCCAAAGCUCAAGUACAAGCACGGCAACACCCCAACCUCAAAGUAGCGCGAGACUACCUCAAUCAAUUGUGGCGAUACAACAACAUGCAUGACAACAACAACAACAACAACAACAACAAUGCCAGCGAGCAAGAAAAUGAUGCAGAAACGACGGAACAGAAAAAGGAAACAGAAUGGUUCUUUGAUCCAACCCAACAAAUCGAGUAUUGCGACCGUGUCCGAAUGCGACAACCUGGCGAUGACACGUUGGGAUUGGCGCCUCAUUUGGACGCCGGGUCCAUUGAACGAUGGGUGGAACGCCAAGGCUAUCAAAAGGUCUACCAACGCCUGUUUGUUCGUCAAGGCCAACAACAACAGCACGAUCCUUGGGACGGAGAGCAUCGAGUGAAAGCUCGAGAGUUCCCCGCCCCCAAUGUCUGUACCGCCUUUCGUACAUGGCAGGGUUGGACCGCCCUCACGCGACAAGGACCAGGGGAUGGGACACUCCAAGUCGUGCCCAUGCUUCCAGAGGCCAUUGCCUACAUUAUGUUGCGCCCGCUCCUCUCCGACGUUCCAGACGAUGACUUGUGUGGUGCACGACGCGCUGCCAGUUUGCCCAUUUUACCGACAUGGCAUGCUCCACUGCUGGACGGAUUGGUGUCGAUUCCUACCGUAGAACCGGGAGAUGCCGUCUGGUGGCAUCCAGAUGUGGUGCACGCCGUCGAAUCGGAGCAUUCAGGGGAUGGGUACAGCAAUGUCCUCUACAUGGGGGCCGCUCCCUUGUGCGACAAGAAUGCACGCUAUCUCCAACGACAACGAGAACAUUUUCAACAACAUGGCAAGACGCCGCCCGACUUUUGUCAGGGAGGAAUUGAAGUCGGAUUUACCACGCAAAAGGCAACGCCCGACGACUUGAGUGACCUCGGACGAUUGCAAAUGGGAUUUAGUACAGCAUGGUCCACAUCGUCAGCAGCAAUGGAUGAGAAAGAUGAGGGGCGUUGCCAAUUGUGGGAGAAAGCCUCGCGGCUGUUGUUUUUGGAUGCAUGA